AGCCAGCUUACUCAAGAGGAGCUAGAACAUAUUGCAUACGUUCAGAAGUUGGCGGAAGAAUCUUUAUAUCAUGUGAAAAAUGCUACAGCGGAAUUUUCACCGGAAGUACCAGUGGUCAGCCGGCUUACUCAAGAGGAGUUAGAUCAUAUUGCGUAUAUUGAGAGGUUAGCACAAGAAUCCUCAUUGGAAACAUUGUCACUAAUUAAACGUUCAAACCCAGAACAAACUGAGGAUAACAGUGCGGUGGAACAACAGGCAGGUUUUAAAGAUAAGAUUAUGAGGAAACUUUCGGCGGAAGUACCGGUGACUAGUCAGCUCACUCAAGAAGAGCUAGAUCAUAUUGCAUCCGUUCAGAAGUUGGCAGAAGAAUCUUCAUCAGGGAUGCUGGCACUUUUAGAACCUUCUCUCCCAAAAGAACCAGACAGCAAGACUAUUAAACCGAAAGCUGUUGUCAAAGUUGAAGUGGAGUUGUCCCCAGAAAUAACAAUGGCCAGCCAGCUCACUCAAGAAGAGCUAGAUCAUAUUGCACACAUUCAAAGGUUAGCUGAUGAGAUUUCAUUUGGGAUAGCGGCGCAACCAGAACGUUCUAUCCCAGAACCAGGUGACGAUAGAAUUUUUAUGGAACCGCAAACAGAUCGUAUGGAUCUGCAAUCACAUGUCAUUGCAUCAGAAGAGAGCAAAGAAGAAUUGUCGGAACUCACAUCAGGAGCUGAUCAACCUUCAUCCUCUAAUCUUUCUUCAUUGGAAGAUGAUAUUCGCUAUGACACCGCAUCCCCUAGAGCAAGUAGCAAUGAACAUGUGGGACUUUUUGUAGCAACCUAUUCCGACAAUGAGAGUGCACUGACAUAUAAUAGUCAGCUUACACAUACAGAACUACAGCAUAUUGCCUACGCACAACUGGCAGAAUCCACAAAGUCAAAUCUACAGCUCACUUUGGAUGCUGCAGAAGACAAGAGUGUUACGCUACAUGUGAUUGAAGAGAUAACAGAAACAACAAAGCAGCAAGCAAAAGAACCGACGGCAACUUACUUUGCCCAGGAAGAGCUGGAUCGUAAACGGUAUGAGGAAUUAGCAGAGGAAUUGUUAUUACAGCCGGACACCAGUUUAGAACAAACUGCUCAGAAAGAACCUAGCGAAGGGAAAAGUUCGGAUAAAACUUCUGGAGCUGACGAGCAAUCACAUUCCGAUUCAUCAUUCCUUGAAGGAGAUAUCGACCACGACAUGGCUCCUGAACUCAAAUAUGGAUACAUUAAGGUCACUGCCGCCGAAAUGAUGGAAAAAUCAGAUGAGCAGUUCUCAGAAGAGGAAGGAGAUUAUAAAGCAAACCCAAAAGAACGAUCUUUAUUUACAAAUGGUAGGCUGGAGAAGCCCUCCGCAUUGCAGCAGUCUGGUGAAAGAUCUGACCAUGCUUUAGCAUCAGGGACUUCCAUCGAAUCAACAGAAAUGGAGUCAUUUGAAAACCUUAGAGAGGAACUUGGUCAGGAAAAGUUUAUGCUGAAGUCAGCUACUGAAGUCAACCAGCAGGCAUUUUCAUUUCUUACUUCUCAAAUCCCGCAGGAGUGCCAAUUGGGCUUAACAGAAAAUAAGAAGAAAGAGAUGGUUGCCGAGCUUGUCAAUUUAUACCAUACGAGAGGAGACACUCUCGAAGAAAAGAUUGGAGAAACAUUUGAGCUUGGUGAAAAUAAUGAGGAAAAUUCGGAUCGCGCAGCGCUACUAAAUCAGCUUGCAAAGCCAGCGGAAAUCAUGGUAGGAAAAGUUAAUACUACUGAGCCUAGUAAUGAAUUCAACGCGCCAUUGACUAGCCAGUCCCUUAAAACCAUCGUUACCACUGAGGAAGACCUAGGCGACUAUAGCAAGUCGGAAUCAACUUCAGGAGCCGAUCAAUUAUCAUCCUCAGAUCUUUCUUCUUCAGAGACAGACAUUCCAUCAAUCUACAAAACAGCAUCUCUUUCUCAAGAUUAUAGAAAGAAGCAAGAUGAGCAAUUAGAUCAAUUGCUAGAGCAAAGUUUUGUAGAAAAAUCUACAUGGCGAUACCCUAUCGUGUCGAGUCGUGCAGCUACAGAAUCCAAAGAACCCUUCGACCAGCUUACUCAGGAGGAGCUAGAUCACAUUGCACGGAUACAGAAGCUGGCGAAAGAACCUUCAUUGGGACUGCUUGCAACGCAACAAUUUUCCAAACAAGAUCGCGGCGCAAGCGUCACCGCGGAAUCCUCAGAAAGAGCUCCCAUCCUUUCGACGAAUACCGAGAGGGCCAGUGAUUCGGAAGACUCUGGAACAACCUCGGGAGCUGACCAGCCAUCAUCCCCUAAUCUUUCUUCGUCGGUAGAAGACUAUCUUACCCAUGACAUCACCUCUCCAGAUAAAAUAAGUGGAAAGGAAAAUUUAGGACUCUUCGAGCUUAAGUAUUUUGAGGAAGAAACUGUGAUGGUACCAUCGACUGAGGGUUAUCAGUCUACACAAGAGGAGUUGGACCGUAGUGCACACAUGAGGGAGCUAGCAGAACAACGCUCCUUUGAAACUGCAACUAUGCCAAAGCCUUUUGCGUCCUAUCACACUGAUAAGAGUUCCAAAAAACCAUCAGUUAGAGAACCUAUUAACCUGACGGAGGAGGAACUAAGUCAUAUUGCCCAUAUACAGAAACUGGCAGAAGAGUUUGAGAUAUCAAGCUCACAAGUACCAUUCACCACAAAUGCCACGAGAGGUUAUCUUAUGCAAACGCAAUUGGAUAUAAUUGGAGACAGAAGUACAGCAGUAAGGCCGCUACCGGAAUUGUCGAUGGCUACUCAACUUACCCAAGGUGAGUUAGAUCAUUUAGCCUCCACACAGAUACUAGCUGUAAAAUCCACAAUGGAACUGCGAGUGCAAGAAUCGGCAGCUGAGGGCGGACUUGCUACUGUUUCGGAGAUGCAGUCACGAGUCCUGACAACCGAUAAUGCUCAUGACGAGUUCAAUGAUCAGGAAGAGUCAGAAUCAACUUCAGGAGCUGAUCGGUCG